CAAAUUCCUUUGAUCCUGAACUUGCACUUGCGAAGCUUAAAUUAUUCUGAUCACUUGAUUGGAUAAUUCAAUCCUUCUAAAGUGUUGAUAUUUAGAAUCGUGGAAGUCUAAGUCAUUGGAUCGGUCAAACUUUUUCUCACUCUGGUAAGCCAAGGUUCCGAAUGCGAGAAACGUUGGCAUGAGUCUAGAAAAGGCCAGUUUGAUUUUGAUCCAAGUGUAGAGGCACUUAUUUCUCACUCUGGUACGCCAAGGUUCCGAAUGCGAGUAACGUUGGCAUGAGUCUAGAAAGGCCUAAAUCCUAUCACACACGAUUUGGACGUUCGAUUUUAACUAUUCUCCUUCUUGAAUCUCCUACCCUGAGUGAGUAGUAUCGGUGUUCGAAAGUAACGCGUUCCGUCUAGUCUGUUGGUUGGCACGCACGGAAUGUAAUACCGUAUCCCUUCGCAACGGUACCGUGAAACGAUUGUGGGUUUCGUCAUCCUGAUCAUCGUCGAUUCAUCAUCGCGAUAGCUGUGGACAAGAGUGCUGCUGGAUUCAGUAAGUAUUUGGUCUAGUCCCACCGCAAGAGGAACACCACAUCCCGAUCGUGCUGCCAAUUGGAAGAUUGCGCCCCGGUGCCAACGCCAACAAUUUGGUGGCUCCAGAGAGGAGGAGCUACUGCCACCAACAUCUUGGUGGCCUGCCUGAGAGGAAGGAAAAUCGAACUCCAGGAGCGCGCUGAAAAGUGGAAAUCGACACCGAGUCUAGUGUGAAACAGUGAAGAAUAUUGAACACUGAAUAUCAUCAAACCGUCGUGAACCUUGUCGUGAACCUUGUCGUGAACAGUGACAAGUACUGAAGAAAAAGAGUACUUAUGGAUUAUGUUUGCUGAAAAAUAGUGCCGGAAAGUGAAUCUGAAAUCCGCAAUAAAAAUUGUGGAAGACUGUCAACGUUAAGCAUAGUGAAUUAACUGGUUGCAAAGUGGGUAGAAGUAAAUGCCAACGAAUAGUGUUUUUUCGAGUUGUAACGUGGUUUACUGUCGCCAAGAGUGCAGUCUGAGUGUUAUGCAUAGUCACAAAUUAUACGGUUACAAUUCUAUCGGAUCCAAACUGUGAACUGACAUUCACGGAUAGUGGCAAAUAAGCCUAUACAGGCAAGGAAACUCGCGGUACAAGUGACACAAUUGUGCAAGGAACAAGAAGAACCCAAUUCACGAUAACCAAGUGAAAAGGAAUACGAAUACCCAGCAAUCCAGAACAAAGAAGAAAAAAUAAAUCACGAUUGUUUUUAUGUGACUGACCUGAACAGGUCUAGUUGGUCUAGUCGUGCCAUAGUGACUAGCGCCCUUUUUUGGGAAGGCAUCAUUGAACUCGAUAUCGUGAAGAAUAUAAGUGAACAGACAUUCACAAAUCGGUCUAGUCGUGCCAUAGUGACUAGCUCCCUUCGGGAAAGGCAACAUUGAACUCAACGAUAUCGUGAAGAAUAUAAGUGAACUUACAUUCACAAAUUGGUCUAGUCGUGCCAUAGUGACUAGCGCCCUUUUAGGGAAGGCAAUAUUGAACUGAACAGUCGUGAAAAAUUAGUGAAAGUGAACUGACAUUCACAAGGUUUUGGUGGUACGAGAUACAGCACUGUGCAGACAGUCUUGGACGGCGACUUUUAUGCAACGAGGCUUGAGUGAACUCAAGGAAAUCCCGAAGCUAACCUGGGAAUCAGCAAACAUGUCUACAAGGUUCGUAUUGAACAAGAACGGCCAUUGCCGUCUUUGUAAUGAGGAUGAUACAGUGUGUAAUAUGGUAUGUUGCGAUGAGUGUGACCGCUGGUUUCACUUAACGUGUGCAAAACUGGAUCAUAAACCGACUAAACAAGAAAAGUUUUUAUGCGUAAAAUGCACACAAUUGGAAAUUGAACGCAAUGACCUGCUCGACAAGCUACAAAAACAAAAUCUGUCAGAGCAUAUAAAUCAAUCGAUAAGUAAUGCGUUAGCAAGAAACAAUGAUGCAACACCAUAUUUCAAAAGACAAGGCCUAAUUAAACUUCCAGCCUUCAAUGGAGCUCCACGUGAUUGGCCAAAAUUUAAAAAUAUUUAUGAUGAUACUACAAUAGAAGGAGCAUUCAGUAAUUUGGAAAAUUUAAACCGGUUGGAACAAGCGUUGAGUGGAUCUGCAGCAAAAUGCGUUGCAAAUUUGAUGAUAAGCGCAGCGAAUGUCCCGCAAAUCAUUAAACGACUUGAAGAAACUUUCGGAAGACCUGAAACUGUUUAUAAGCAACUGUUAAGCGACUUGAUGAAAGUACUUCACCAAAUACGAGUAAAUCCUGUUGAGUUAUCGGACUCUCUGGACAAUCUUGUAACAAACAUGGAAUCGUUGAAGAAAAUAGACUUUUUACGUGACCAUCGCCUAAUUGAAGAUAUCAUGAAAAAGUUACCAUUUAAUUUGCAAAUUAGUUGGACAGAAGUGGUGCAGCGAAAUCAAUCACAACCCACACUGAUUGAUCUGAGCAAGUGGUUGAAACCACAUGCAUCGACACUUCGAUUAUUGUUACCCACAUCUGGAACAUCUAGAAAUAUAAUGCCAGCGACACAUCCUGCAAAAUCUAGACUACAUGUUCACACUAAAUCCAACGAUUUGUGCAACAUUUGCAAUUUAAAUCAUAAAACUCAGCAAUGCAACAAAUUAAAAACUGCUAACGUUAAUCAACGUAAGGAAAUAUUAUCGCAAAACCAACUCUGUUUCUCUUGUCUUGGAAAAGGGCAUUACUUAAGGUUUUGCCCCAAAAAGACGAAAUGUAAAUUGAAUGGAUGUAAAAGCAAGCAUCAUCGAUUAUUACAUCAACCUAAGCAACAACAAUACAAAUCGGAGAGGAAUAAUCAUCAUGGAUAUAAAAAGGAUGUGUACUUUCAAAUAAUACCUGUAAAACUGAGCAACAAGGACAAAGUCAUCAAUACAUUUGCAUUUCUGGAUCCGGGAUCAUCACUCAGCUUGAUCGACGAAGCCAUCGCAGAUCAGUUGGGGCUUGAUGGAAAAUCUGAUCCAUUAUGCCUCACUUGGACGCAAAAUUUAUCAAAAGAAACUCCGAGUAAACGAGUUAACAUUCAAAUACAAGGGAAAGGCAAGCAGUACGUCAUGAAAGGUGUUAGAACAAUUCCGGAUUUACAACUGCCAAAGCAAUCACUGAAGAUAAAGCACAUCAAAAAACGUUUCGAGUAUUUGGCAGACUUGGAUAUCGACGGAUAUCAUGAUGCAAAACCAACUAUAUUAAUCGGGCUGGAGCAUCCCCACCUCCUGAUGACAACUGACAGAAGACACGCUGAUGAAAACUCUCCUAUGGCAGUAAGAACCAAACUCGGUUGGCUGAUUUUUGGUAAGAUCUGUAGGGAAGAUGAUUAUUUUUCAAUGUCAAUUAAAGAAGAAAAGGAAGCAGAAAAUCUCUCCAAAAUGUUAGAAGACUUUUGUUCGUUAGAAAAUUUUGGAGUUAAAAUCAUUGAGGAGCUCCCUAAAUUAAAAGAUGACGAAAGGACAGAGAAAAUUCUUAAUCAAACUCUCAAUUAUAAGGAUGGACAUUAUGAACUAGGUCUUUUGUGGAAGAAUGAUAAAUCUAGUUUUCCUCCAAGCUAUAACAAUGCCCUGAACAGACUAAAAUCACUAGAAAGGUCUCUAAUGAAGAACCCAGAAUUAAAAGAUUGGGCAAAUGAAAAAUUUAGAGAUUUCUUGGAGAAAGGUUACGCUAGACAGCUUUCACCUGCAGAGCUGAUGAGUGAGAAUCCCAGAAUAUUUUAUUUACCUCAUUUCAUUGUCAUUAACAAGAAUAAGGUUCCGCCAAAGCCACGAGUUGUAUUCGAUGCAGCGGCAGAAGUCCAAGGAAUAUCAUUUAAUUCCGAACUAAUGACUGGUCCUGAUAAUUUGAUGGGACUUUUUGGAGUUCUCUUGAGAUUUAGAGAACACAGUAUUGCAGUAUCUGGAGAUAUUAUGGAAAUGUUUCAGCAAAUUAAAAUUAUAAAGGAAGAUCAGAAUGCUCAACGAUAUCUCUGGCGUAAUUGUAACCCAGAUGCACAACCGAAUAUUUAUGUCAUGGAAUCCAUGAUAUUUGGCUCAACUUGUUCACCCGCUUGUGCCCAAGCAGUAAAAAAUUAUAAUGCUAAAUUAUUUGAAAAUCAAUUUCCAGUUGCAUCUACUGCAAUUGUCAACCAACAUUAUGUGGAUGAUUAUCUAGACAGUUUUUCAAGCAUGGAAGAAGCAAUUAAAACGGUUAAUGAAAUAAUAAAAAUUCAUCAGUAUGGUGGAUUCUUUAUAAGAAAUUUUAUUUCAAAUAAAAAUAAAUUGAUUGAUCACAUUCCAAAAGAAAGAGUUCAGAUAGUAGAAACGAAACAAUUUGAACAUAAAGAUUCAAUCACCGAAAAGGUACUCGGAGUGUUUUGGAACAUUAAAAGAGACUCUUUGCAAUAUCGAGUCAAAUUUGGUAAACUGGGUGAAAACAUAUUAAGAAAAGAUCAAAUGCCAACAAAACGCGAAGUGCUUUCAUUUGUAAUGAGCAUUUAUGAUCCACUAGGGCUCAUAUCAAAUUUUAUUAUUCAUGGAAAAUUGUUACUCCAGAGAUUACAUAAAGAAACUUCUGACUGGGAUACUCCUAUCUCUGAGAGAGCGUUUAAUCAGUGGAAAUUGUGGCUACAAAUGAUGAAUCAAGUUUCGAAAAUUGAAAUUCCCAGGUGUGUUACACACCCAUCAGCAGAGUAUUACGAAUUACACACAUUCGUUGAUGCUUCAGAAGAUGCAUUUGCAGCCGUAGUUUAUUUGAGAAAUAAAACUAAUAAUGGAGCAAUGGUUACGUUGAUAGCAGCAAAAUCUCGAGUUGCUCCAUUAAAGAAAAUUUCAAUACCUCGUCUAGAACUACAAGGUGCCGUACUUGGUACCCGUUUAAUGAACACAGUUAAAAAAGAGUUACGCUUGAAUAUAUCAAGAAUCAUAAUGUGGACAGAUAGUCAAACUGUACUAGCGUGGAUCAAUAGUGAGCAUAGAAAAUAUAAACAGUUUGUAGCUUAUCGCGUUGCUGAAAUUUUAGAAACAACAUACAUGGAUCAAUGGCGAUAUGUUCCCUCAAAUCAAAAUCCUGCUGAUGAAGGAACCAAGAUUGUUAAGAAAAAUCCAAAGUGGUUUACUGGUCCAUCAUUUCUGAGUGAUAAUGAAAGAAAUUGGCCAUCCAGAAAUAAAAUUGGACAAACAGUUGAAGAAAUCAGAAAUUAUGUUUCUUUGCACAAUAAGUUAGAGAAAUAUUCUUUCAUCAAAGACGAUAAUUUUUCUGACUUUUGGAAAUUGAAAAGACAUGUUAACAUAUUCAAACAAUUCGUUAAAUGGAUUGUCAAUAAAGGAAAACCAUUGCAUAAACUCUGCUAUGAGGAUAUGGUUGAAGCAGAAAAUAUUUUAUUUAAAAAGGCUCAGUGGGAAUGUUUUAACGAUGAAGUCGUGUCUCUUACAAAUGGUAAUGGAAUAGAUAAAUCAAGUAGACUUCGUGAGCUCAAUCCAUUUUUGGAUCAAAAUGGAGUUCUUAGAGCUAAGGGCCGUUUAGAAAAGGCAGUAUGUCUGUCUAGAAACGCUAGAACUCCAAUCAUACUCCCAUAUGAACAUUAUAUAUCUUUUCUGGUAGUCAAAACGUAUCACGAAAAAUAUUUCCACUAUAACGACAAUGCAGUUAUUGCUGCCAUCCAACAAAAAUAUUGGAUCCUCAAGUGUAGAUCAUUAUUGAAAAAAGUUAAGAAGUAUUGUCAGAAAUGCAUACUAAAUAAAGCAAAACCAUCUCCUCCCAUGAUGUCCACCUUACCGGACUUCAGGACUCAACCAUUCAUUUAUCCUUUUACAAACACAGGAGUGGAUUAUUUUGGCCCACUGGAAGUAAUGAUUCGAAGAUCAGUUGAAAAAAGAUGGGGUGUAAUAUUUACAUGCAUGUCUAGCAGAGCAGUCCAUAUUGAACUUGCAGAGAAGCUUGAUACUGAUUCAUUUUUUGUUUGUCUCCGUAAUUUUCAAAAUCGCAGAGGCAAGAUUAAACACCUUUUUAGUGACAACGGAACAAACUUUGUUGGAGCAGCUAGAAUUAUUAAAACGUUAAUUGACGAAAUCAAUGAAAAAAUGGAUAAUGGGGAGGCUGCAAAAUUAGAUUUAAAAUGGACAUUCAAUCCUCCAGCUGCCCCACAUUUUGGAGGUGCAUGGGAAAGGUUAAUCAGAAUUAUCAAGCAAUCCCUCAAUGUUAUGCUGCAAGCUAACAAUGGUAAGAUACCAAAAGUGGAGGAAUUAAGAGCUGCAUUGAUUCAAGCUGAAUUUAUUUUAAAUUCGCGUCCCCUAACCCACAUACCAGUUGAUAAUAUUGAAGAUGAAGUUUUGACACCAUUUCAUAUUUUAAUAGGAAGAGCAGGAGAGUAUGUCCCUCCUUACGAUACGCUUGAUUGGAGUUUGAAUCAGAAGCAAUGCUCAAGUGUAAUGGAAUAUGGGAAAUAUUUUUGGAACCGUUUCAAAAAGGAAUAUAUUCCUACAUUGAUUAAAAGAAACAAGUGGAAUAAUAAAGUCGAUCCUAUAAAAAUCGACGACCUUGUGUUGAUUGUCGAUGAAAAAAUGCCACCUGGAUCUUGGUUAAAAGGUAGAGUUAUUCAAGUUAAUACUGCUGACGAUGGUCAGGUUAGAUCAGCAUUGAUACAAACGAAAAAGGGAGUUUAUUCUCGUCCAACUACAAAAAUCGCUGUAGUGGACGUGAAUGGGAUGAACAUAGAACCGAUUAAUGAAAAAUCAACCAACUCCAAUUUAAGAACAAAAGAAACAGAGAAAAAUAAUAGUGUUUUAUUAAUUUCAUGUGAAGAAAACAAAGAAGAAAAUCAAAGCACUAUGAAAAAGAACAACGCAAUUCUGGGAAAACGUAAACGUAAUCAGAAUUUGAAGCACUUGGCAAAAAGAGCUAAAAGCGAUAUGGACAACAAACAUGAAACAAGAGAAAAGUUGCAUACCAAAUCAGAAAUCAAGCAAAGAGCUUGGUUAUCAUUGGUUGUAAUUUUGUCUUUUAUUGCAUUAAUAGCUGGAUUUGAAUCUAAAGGCUUAAUUGCUUAUGAUUGUGCCAAUCCCGAGGUGAAUAUGACAAGCUAUUCUCUUCUUGAUGUCGAAUCAUGCGUUCCACAUAUGAAUAAUUUAUCUUCAUCUCAAGUAUCAAUUCAAGUAUUACAACGAAAUGUCAGAACAACAACAAGGGUAUUUCAAUGUAAAGUUAUAAUUAAAAGAUCUAUUAAACAUUGUGGAGCAUUCUCACAUGUAUCGGAAUAUCAAUAUGGAUACUCUUAUAUAGUGAAAGAAUUUAACUCAGAAGAAUGCAGAAAGGUGCACGCAUUGGGGACCGUUGCACUUACACAUGACAGAUUGAUACAUGAAUUGAAAUUAAAUACCACAACACAUGGAGAGACACUUAUUAUAGGAAGUUUAUCAGGAAGUAAGUGUUACGGUGGGACUUAUAGUACACCCUUUUAUACAUGGACAAAUGCAUUGGUAUUUUAUGAAUACGAAAUUUCUUUGUUUGACUACAUAGCUCAUGUAGACAUAGAAAAUGAUCAAAUUUCAUUGAGGAAUGGUCUGUAUUGUCCCUAUUCACUCGGACGUUGCUUGGACUCUGAAGAAGGAUAUUUAACAUGGGACUUGAAUUUGAAUAAGUCAUGUGAGGAUACUGAAUUCGAAGUUAUCUAUGAAGGGUUGAUUAACAAAACAAUGAAUUCAGAACCAGCAGUUCAUCUUUCUACAGCAGUAAUAUAUAGCACAAUUUCCGAGUCACAAAUAUUUUCAAUAAAAACCCGGAAGUUAACGAGGAUUUGUGGGUACUCAGGAUUUACAACUGAUCAUCCUCGUAUUCUCAUUAUUGAAAACAGUGAUUUUAAGUCACCGUUCUCUAAAAAGGUAGAGUCAGGAAAAAAUUUAGACCUAUUCACAUAUUUCAACUCGAAAAUAACUAUAGUGGAACACUACAUUGGACAAAAUUUGAAUGAUAUUUACAACAUGGUAAUGACUGAAAUGUGUAAGUUGGACCGAACUAUAAUGGAAACCAAACUAACCCUCGCACGAUUGAAUCCGAACGAAUUCGUUUCAAGCAUUAUGAAAGGAAACGGCUAUACGGCAGUCGUGGCAGGAGAAGUUCUUCAUGUUUUGGAAUGUAAGCCAGUGUAUGUUACUCCCAAAGCGUCAGAAAGAUGUUAUCAAGAGUUACCAGUGAAAUAUAAUAAUAUAACCAUGUAUUUAGCCCCAGUAACACGUAUAUUACAAACAAGAGGCACAGAAAUAGAUUGUACUCCCCUGUUGCCUGCUAAGUUUAAAUUUGGGUCUCGGUGGUACACAACUGAUGGGAGAUUGAGAGAAAGCACAAGCCCAAACAAAUUAUCAACUAACAUUGUCACAAGCUGGAACUAUACACCGCUACCAAACUUGAUGGAAAGUGGAGUAUAUGAUUCUGAUAAUUUGGUUAAAAUGAGAAACAUGAUAUAUGAGCAAGGGGAAAAACGUGCAGCCUCCGCAGUUGUGUACAAAAUAAUGGCUGGACAGCAUCCAAACAGACAAGGAUUUCAAUUUGAAGCUAUGAUUUCCGAAAAGGUAUUGGAUAAUGUAUUCAGCAAAUAUUGGAGGAAGUUAAUAUCUUGGACUACUUGGCUGGGCAAUCUAACAUCUACUGCUAUUGGUUUAUACCUAAUAGUGCGUAUUAUUAAAUUCUUCGUCGAUACACUUAUUCAUGGAAGAAUUUUAUAUGACAUAUAUGGAUUUAGUUGGAAGUUAAUUGCAUCAUGAUGGGAUUCACUCACUAGUCUUCUAUCUCACAAGAAAUUUAUGGAAGAAACCAAAAAAUUCACCAAGGCAAACGAUAGAACAAAAGACCUGGAAUCAGUCAAAGAGAAAAGCGACACUAAACUAAAUGAAAAUGUAGAAGAGCCAUACUGAGCCAGUAUGUAUCCAACAAUUAAUAAGAUAUAGUUGUCCAAGAUAAUAAGAUCAAUAAUAGUAAUAAGAAAAAUAAUUACUAUACUUUACCAUAAUUAACAUUGUAAAGGAAAUGUUUGGAAGAUCACUUCGCUUAUCGAAAGAUACUAGGUAAAUCUCCCCGGUAGAUUUACGAGGGCCGGAAUGUUACGAACGCGAAGCGUGAAGUACAUUUGAAUCCACACAAUUCGGAUCGAAUUCCUUUCCAACCAUUUCCUACAACUAACCAAGCGAGCCGCAUCAUAAAACCCCAAUCAAAUUCGAACAAUCAUGACCUACCACAAUAUAAUAGGGCCCGCGAUUAUAAACGUAGAGCAGAGCGGCAAUGUUUAUCAGCAUAACGAAGCAAAAGCUAUGCGGCUGAGGGACUCGACUGACUUUGAGCAGCAUGAUAAAAUAAACAAUCUGAAGCGACACCCGAUGGAAACCAUACCAAUAGCCUAGCAGAUCGGUAGCAUUCUAAAUGUAAUCAAAAUCCAUCAUUGAACUUGAUCUUGAAAAUUAGGUCAGCUGAGCAUCGGGAUCGUGCAAAAUAUGAAUGGUAGAUCUAAUUCUGUACAAAUACAAUCAAAUCAUGUAGCUAGAGAGAUUGCUCAAAUUCAGGAAAAUUCUCUCUUCGGAGAAGAAAAUAUUUCUCCUGUGAAAACACGAAAAACCAUGUACCCGCGAAAGAUCAUUCUAGAAAUCUGGCCGCUCAUAUAUUCAUGUUAAAACACGUACUGAAAGUGUAAAUGUGUAGAUCGUAACGAGAGCCGCUAUUUCAUCAUCCUUUCAGGAAAGAUCAUGUGUAAUUUUUGGUAGGCCCUGCGGCUAUAAAAGAGGAAGAUCAAUAAAGACGACAGUCAGUUUUGUUUUUGGACUCCACA